GCACACCCAUGUGACCAUCGGAUGCGGAAGUCGCAUUUGAAGCGAACUUUGGCGCUUGACAGAUUGUGCUUCUUACUAUAGUUACAUUCUGUAGCCUAUAAAAGUUUGAAAUAUGACAAGCUUCACUCAGAAAAUAAAAGACAGUGUGCCAGAUAAACCGAUGAUAAAUCUUGGCGAAAGCGACUUGCAGAAAUGGGGCUUGCAAGGGAUUACGCUGAGAACGUAUCAGUUGGAUGGAGUGAGGUGGCUCGUUCAGUGCCUUAAGAAUCAAGAAGGAUGCAUUUUAGGGGACGAAAUGGGCCUGGGCAAGACUUGUCAGACCAUCUCUCUGCUGGUGUACAUGAGCGGAGCUCUGGGGAUCAAGGGGCCAUUUCUGGUGCUCAGCCCGCUCUCUGUCAUGGACAACUGGAGAACAGAGAUGAAACGUUUUUCUCCAGGGCUGACGGUUUUGAGUUACACUGGAGACAAGGACACGAGGGCAGAGCUACAGAGAAACAUGGACACCAUGGACUUUCAGGUUCUGCUGACUACCUAUGAGCUGUGUCUCAAAGACGCCACGUUCUUAAAGAAGCGGAAUUGGAAGAUUCUUGUGGUAGACGAGGCCCACAGGUUGAAGAAUCAGAACUCGUUGUUGCACAAAACCCUGACUGAGUUUUCUGUGGACUUUAGAGUCCUGUUGACUGGGACCCCCAUCCAGAACAACCUGCUGGAGGUCUACUCCCUGCUUAACUUCAUCCAGCCCAGCCUUUUCGCCGCGGACGAGAAGGACAACUUUGUUGACACAUACGCCCAUGUACAGUCCCAACCUACUCUUGCCAGCGAUCUCCAGAGCAUCCUGCAGCCCUUCCUGCUGCGCAGGGUGAAGGCCGAGGUGGCUGCCGACCUGCCCAGGAAGACAGAGCUGGUGGUGUACCACGGCAUGUCAGCCCUGCAGAAGAAGUACUACAAGGCGCUCCUGAUGAAGGACCGCGAUGCCUUCGGACGUGAGGAGGCCGGCAAGACACGACUGCUGAAUAUCCUGAUGCAGCUGAGGAAGUGCGUGGACCACCCCUACCUGUUUGACGGUGUGGAGCCUGAGCCCUUUGUGAUGGGGGAGCAUCUUGUUGAAGCCAGUGGGAAGCUCUGUCUGCUGGACAGCAUGCUGUCCUAUCUACAUGAAGGGGGCCAUCGUGUGUUGCUGUUCUCCCAGCUGACCCGGAUGCUGGACAUAGUGCAGGACUACAUGGAGUACAGAGGAUACAGCUAUGAGCGCCUGGAUGGCUCUGUCAGGGGAGAGGAGAGGAACCUGGCUAUCAAGAACUUCAGCAGCAAGGAUGUGUUUGUCUUCCUGCUCAGCACCAGAGCAGGGGGAGUAGGGAUGAACCUGACAGCUGCGGACACGGUCAUCUUCAUGGACAGCGACUUCAACCCCCAGAAUGACUUGCAGGCAGCUGCGCGUUGUCAUCGCAUUGGUCAAACCAGGGCUGUAAAGGUGAUCCGUCUCCUGGGUAGAGACACGGUGGAGGAGAUUGUGUAUUCCCGGGCCGUCUCCAAGCUGCGCCUCACCAACACCGUGAUCGAGGAGGGCCGCUUCUCCCUGCUGGAGAAGGCCCAGUCUGCUGCUGCCGGGCUUCAGUUGAGUGAAGUCCUCAAGUUCGGAGUAGACAAGCUGCUGUCGUCCGAGGAGAGUACAGUCCAGGAAGUAGACCUAAGUUUGAUCCUGGGUCCGUCGCGGGGCGGGGAGUGGCUAUCCAACGAUGACCUGCCCAGGGUAGAAGAGGAGGACUCCGAACCCGACAGCCAGAACCACAUGUACUGCUUCGAGGGGAGAGACUACUCCAGGGACCCCAGCUCUGAGGACCGGCGCAGCUUUGAGCAGCUGCUGGAGGAGCAGUUGGAAGGGCAGGAGGAGGCUGGGGGAGAGGGGCGCGCUCUGCGCCACAAAGCUGGAGGCGCUCUGGCGGGGCCUCUGGGGCUGGCGCCGAGGAAGAGGAAGGUCCUGAGCGAGGCAGAGCUGGAGGCGAGGAGGAAGAGGGGGCAGGAGGCUGCGGCCAAGAGGGCCAAGCUACUGGAGGACAGGAAGAGGAACCAGCAGGAGCAGAAACAGAAGAAGAAGAUGGCGUGGUGGGACUCUUGCGGGUACAGAUCCAGGUGCUUACCCUCGGUGGAGAGUGAGGAAGAGGAGGAGGACGGCAGCAUCUGCUCCACAGAUUCCGAACACGCGGCCAUCCGCUACGUGCUGGGGGACGUGACCCAUCCGCACGCUGCCGGCGGGGACGCCAUCAUAGUACACUGUGUUGAUGACUCCGGAAGGUGGGGCAGGGGCGGGCUGUUCUCAGCACUGGAGGUACGCUCCGAUGAGCCACGCAAACAGUACGAGCUGGCAGGAAAGAUGAAGGAUCUGGAACUUGGGCGUGUGCUGCUGUUCCCGAUAGAUGACCGACAGUCCAGACUGGAUGGCCAAGACCAUCUGGCGCUGGCAGUGGCACAGCACAGAGAUCAGGCCAACAAGCUGUCUGGUAUCCUGCUGCCCUCCCUCGAGGAAUCCCUCAGGGCAAUCUCUCUUGUGGCGAGAAGGAAAAAAGCAAGCGUUCACCUGCCGAGGAUCGGCCACUCCACCGGAGGGUUUAACUGGUAUGGUACAGAGAGGCUGAUCAGAAAGCACCUGUCGUCCCAGGGUGUAUCCACCUCCAUAUACUACUACAGCAGGACUGCGUCUGCUAAGGCUACGGCAGCAGCAGUACCCGGUACCUCCACAGGAGGGGCGUUGUCUCCGGCGCGGUCCCCAGGAUCGGACGGGCCCAGUGCGGGGGAGGAGGAGGAGUGUGAGGGGGGCCCCGGAGGCUCCAGCCUGCCUGACUUCAUGAAGGGAGUUCACGUCUUCUUCUACAACCUGGCUGCCUCGGAGCGGAAGAGGCUGGCUCGCUACCUGCUGUCGUAUGAUGGCGAGGAGGAGGAGGUCAUGAGUUCAGAGGUCACACACAUUGUGGCCGAGGUGGAAAGUCCCAUCCACUCACAGGAGCUCAGGGAACUCAUGCAGAAGUUUCCUCAGGCAAUCCCCACACGCAAGUUGUGGCUGGACACCUGCUUCUCUAGGCAGAGGAACGUGGACCAUCAACAGUUUAUGCAUCUAUUCAGUUAACGUUGAGCUGUUAAUUGGUUUGUAGAUUUUUUGAGGUAAAAAUAAAUGUAAAAUCAUUAAAAACAAGUUGGAU